AUGACGAAACGCAUGCCGAACAAGGCGAGCUCCUCAGCGAGGGGGGGGAAAAUUGAAAAAAAAGAAGCAGAAAAAAAGCACGAGGAAGUAGACCAUGAGGAAAACUCAAAUCAGAUAGAACAACCGGAUAAUGGAAACACAAGAAACAUUUUAACCAUGGAAAAUAUUUUGGAGGAAAAAGAUAGAGACAACAAUAAGAAGGUGAAAAAUAAAAUAAUUUUAAAAAAUAGGAAAAACACAAGUAGCACGUUUAACAAUAACGAAAUGAGAAUACUUACCAUCCCCAAGCAUCGCAUAUCAUCUAUAAAAACCAAUUGGAUGGAAUUAAUCAAGCCAAUUGUGACCCAUUUAAAGUUAGAAAUACGAAUGGUUGGGGACAAAAUACAAGUGAGGACAUGUAAACUUACUGAGGAUAAAAAUAACUUGCAAAAAUCUUCCGACUAUAUAAAGGCAUACUUACUUGGAUUCACCAUCGAAGAUUCAUUAGCCUUACUGAGGAUAGACGAUUUAUAUAUAGAAAGCUUUCAAGUGAAGGAUGUAAAAAUAUUAAAAGGGGAUCACCUGUCCAGGUGCAUUGGCAGAAUAUGUGGCAGUAACGGGGCAACAAAAUAUGCCAUAGAAAAUGCCACAAAAACAAGAAUAGUAAUAGCAGGAGAUAAAAUUCAUAUUUUGGGAAGUUUCAAUAACAUCAAAAUGGCUAGAUACUCCAUCUGUAGUUUAAUUCUUGGUUCAACACAGGGUAAAAUUUUUAACAAACUUAAUAUCCUCGCGAAGAGGAUGAAGGAGAGGUUUUAG